AUGUCCGAGGCUAAGGCACUGGCCGCCGCCAAGGCCCGACCCCACCCGGGCGCCAAGGUUGUCGUACCGACUGCGGCUGCACUGGCGGCUCGUAGCCAGGCUAGGCGGUUGUUGGUGGCGGGGCUGCAGGGUGUGGGGGUGGCGGCGGUGUCCCCUGCACCGAGGGGAACCAUUACCCCGGCGACCUUACUGCUGGCCAUGAGGCUGGAGGCCCGGUUGUACGGCCGUGUACGGCGUGUCAGCAACCCCGCCUACUCCGCCUCCCACGCGGGCCGCUACUGGUCUUCCGUACACUCACUUCACGACUUGCUUCGAAGUGACCCACGGGUCCGUCGUGGUGUGUUGAAUGGCACGGUGCCGCUGGCGGCGGCGGUGGAGAUCCCGGCGGCUGAGCUGCGUGCGCUGCUGUCCAGGUUGGAGAAGGCGGCUCGAAAGGGGUCACUGGAGGGGGGGCCGACGGAGGGACUUGCCAUGCUAGCUGAGAAGGCGCUGGCGGCGGCGGAUGCUGCAGAUGGUGAUGCACUGCACAAGCAGGUAUCCGCUGGAGGGCGGUUGGACGAGCCUGUUCCACUGUUCACGGAGGACUGGCAGCCCGCAGAGCACGGGACUGACCCGCUGUGUGCCUGGCACGUGGCUGAUCCUUGGGUUUGGCCGUACGGCACUGUACUGCACAACGCAGUGGCUCUGGGUCACGUGCGUACGGCAUCAUGGCUCCUGGAGCGGGGUCUUUCGAUUAACUGCCGUAUCAGCCGUUGGGAUCUCACCCCCUUGCAUCUGUGUUGCAUGAGGCCAUGUUUAUGGAAAGCCAACUACCCCUUCCUCUCCCUCUUCCGCAUCCCGGCACGGAACCGGGAAAACAACACGAAAAGCAACAGCAGCAACACCACCACCACCACCAUCACCACCACCGCAAGGACUGGACGAUCCGGGUUUGGCAGAAAGCCGAUUGGCGAGGAGGACGCGGAGCGGGCGCACUACCAGUACAUGGUGCAAACGUCGGGUCAGCUUCCCGAGGUGGUGGGGAGGUGGGACCGCAAGCGGGGGCUGCCCCCGGGGAGCUUCCUCACCGCCACAGACCUGAUAUUUCCCCGUGUGUGUAAAGUGAAGACCAUGAACUUCGAGUGGAAUGUGUUGCUGGGCCCUAUGUGGUUCAGUGUGGAGGAUGAAGCGCACCCAUGCAAGCAAAUAUUCGCCAGUUUACGUAAUCCCAUUGUACGAACUUUGCCAUGUACGGCACCGGUGUCGACAGUGGCGGCGGCGGCAGCUGGCGGUGGAGUGGUGAUGGCGCUCGUGGAGGCCGGGGCCAGCCUGAAGGAGCCGUUGCCAGGCUCUCUGGUGUGUCCGCUGCACAUCCUGGCACACCGCUCCUGCCGCCGGUGGUCGGCAAUCAGUUCCCGAGUUGUAGUACAGCUGCUGUCGUACCAGCCCAUUAUCCCGGUAGCAGAAGUGAUGGCCCGGUGGGAUGAGUGGUGGGGCUGUCCCUUCUCCUGGCUGCUGGCGGAUGCGGAUAACUGCCCCGCGCCCGAGGUGCUGGGGCCGAUGCUGCAGAGCAUGAGGAAGGCGCUGGGGGCGGGACCGGCCCCCCCCCAUGCCGGAGCAGCCGCUACCGCCACCUCCCCGAGCGGCACCGGGGGGGGCAAGGAGCUCCUGGUGCUGGGUAACAGUACGGCGGUCGAUGUUGGCGAAUCCGGAUCUGGAUCCGGAGCCAAACCUGGAUCCGAACCUGUUAAAGAGCAGGAGUACGAGCAGUUCUGGUUGUAUCCGAUGAUCAACCGGGGCCCUACCGUACAUGAGGAGUUCGGGGAGACCGAGGGCGCCGCCAUGCAGCGGAGCCUGACCGCGCAGCUGCAGAUCGUGCAGUUGUUGGUAGGUGCGGGAGCCCGUGUUGACGCCCAGGACGUGUACGGCAGCACCCCCCUGGUGGCCGCCGCCCUCACCUCCAGUCCGCCCGUUGUGGCGCUGCUGCUGGAGAAAGGCGCCUCCGUAACGGUCGUGGCCGACCACGUUAGCACCACUGCGGAGCCGAUCACCGCCGCACGACUGGAUAACCACGUGCGGUUCCGGAGCGGCGAGGUGCUGGGGCCCUUUCUGUUGAUGUUCGAGGGGCAGGAGGGGGCGUGGCGGACCCGCGACGGGAGAGAGGACACACUGCAACAGCAGCAGCAGACGGAGGAGGAGGAGGGGAAGAAGAAGAAGGGGAGGAAGAAAGGGGGUGGCAGUGGAGAAGAAGAAGAUGAGGAGGACAGGGAGGAGGAGGAGGAGGAGGUGGAAGAGAGUGACGGUGGUGGCUCAGACAGUGACACGUCAUCCUCUGGGGGGAGGCCGUGGAGGCCGCUGUACGGCGCGAUGGGAGACGAUCUGCUGGCGGUGCCCGAAGCGGAAUGGAAGAAGCUCCGUCAAAAGAACAAGCUGACGCCCUUGACUGCCGCGGUGAUGCGGCACAUGCGGUACUACAAGUGUGUACGGCACCAGGACCAGACCGGUCCGGGUACGGGUAUGCAGGUGGACGGCAACAUGUCCGUCUAUCACUUCCUGCUGAACAACAGUCUUACUCCAGGAGCUCGACUGAGCAAGCUGGGUGACGGUAUUCUGUACCUGAUUCUCCACCACACGCCGGCGGAGGUGCGUGAGGCGCUGAUGGCCAUCCUGCACGAGGCCACUGCGACCAACGUUGUGGAGGAGAUGCCGCGGACGGCCACCUUGCUGCUGCAGAAGGAGAUGCCGGGGAACCACUACGUCACCUACGCGGACAGGGCGGCUCGUGAGGCGUGCGCCACCUUGUCCCCCUUCACCAUCAGCUCCAUGGACACGGCCAUCCAGAAGGCCCUGAUGCUGGCGCUCAAGGAGGCGGGGCUGGUGGGGAGGGACCCCGGCAAGCGGGCGGAGGAGAAGGCGCGGGCGGCGCAGCUGCUGGGCAGUGGGACUCCGGCCUGGGGGCCUUAUGAGGACGAGGUCCGGCUGCCCGCCGGUGUCACCUACACGGCCGUGGAUGGUUUGUUCCUGUCCAUAUUACCCGGGGAGUCCGGGUGGAAUGUAACGGACCUGUUCAGGCCCCGUAGUUUUGGCUUCCGGCUUUCGUUCGCCUACACCCGCCGUACACUCACAUUGGAGCUCCAUGCGCUGACGUUGAUGCGGACCAUACCCAUUGACAUCGAGGAAGUGGGGUCCGGAGGGGGAGGGGGAGGGGGCGGGGGGAGGUCGACGGUGGAUGAGCCACAGAUGUUGGCGGACAGCAGUGGUGGCGCCGCAGUGGCAGGUACGGCAGCGGCGGGUGCUACACCCGCACCAGAGGGCUGCAGCGCUGACGACACGAGCAGUGGCGGUGUUCGGUCUCGUCGUACGGCUACUUACCCCUCCGCACACACCCGGGCGACUGAGUUUGGCUACUGGAUGCGUAACCCGGAUGUCGUACGGAUGGAGGAGGUUCAAAAGAUGGCUGGCCGCAUGCAGGACGUGGCUCGCAAGGUGGGGGGUAACUGGCGCCAGAUGCCGUCACCCCCCGGGUGGUGGACUACUGGCUGGGUGGACAGGUUCCUGCGCCUGUUCUUGCUGACGGCGCUGACUGACUCGAAGGAAGGGAAGACCAAGAACCUCAAUCUUCAGACCCUGUACGACACGACCGUACAUGGUGAGGAUGACGACGAGGACGAGAGUGACGUUCGAGACCUGGGGGGCCGACCUCUCAGUAAGCAGGACAUUGAGGAGGUGAAGGAGGUUCUGAACAGCCCCCUGUGCCAGAAGAUAUUGGAACAGGUGGAUCGCAACACUAAGGCGGAUUGCAGCUGCAUCAGCUUCACUGCGCAAUGGAAUACACUGGCACACGGACGCAAGUGGCCACUGAGGAGCACCUUUGAGAUGCAGGUGGUCCUUAGGGGGCAUAGGGGGCUUAGGGGGCUUAGGGGUGGGGAGGAUGUGGUCUUGCGUAUGGUGAUGUUGGAGCUGCUGAUGUGGGGGGACGUGUCCCCGGAUGUGCGGCGGGAGGUGGAGGCCAAGUUGCUCAGUCUGGCCUCAGACGCCAACCUGGCUCGCCGCCUGGUGUGGGGCACGUGCCGGGGUCGCCGUGCGGAUGCCCGGACUCUGGCCCUGCUGAGCGGCGUGGUGGAGUUCCAGCCCCUGUUGGUGGAGGUGCUGCUGGAGCAUGAGGCUUCCUGCCAGGCCCUGGAGCGAUGGAGCUAUGAGGAGCAGUUCUGGGCAGUGGUGGGCGGCCCCGCCCUUGAGGACAUGGAGCUGGAUACGUUAUCAGUGCUGCUACAAGAACAACACGACUUUGACUACCGACCCUUCGUACUGCCGUACAAGCCACCUACCCUGGCCGCUGCAUCUGCCGCCGCCGCCGUCGCUGCUGCCAGCACUGAGGAUACUGCCCCCGCCACACCCUCCACCACGGCACAUAUGGCUUACUGCCGUUUCCGCUCCCGUGAGGACUUAGAACGAGCUGUGACGACGCCGUUGGUGAUGUCGGGGGCCCGUAACGGCUACGGAGGUGCCUCCAGGCCGGGUCGCGGUGGGGCGCCCUCGCUGCUGGCGCUGCUGCCGGUGUCCCUGUGGGAGGCGGGGUCUGUGGGCUGGUCCUCCGUGCCGCAGCGCCAUGACUCCGUGGCGCUGCCGUUCUUCAGCCUGGUGUUCAGUCGGCUGCCGCGGGGGCUGCAGCGCGCCGACCCGCAUGCGGCGGGUACGACAUGGGGCUCCGGUGUGCAUGCGGUGGUGCUGCACCGGAGACCAGGGCCGAUCAGGUGGCUGCCCUGGGGCUCCCCCCCGGACGUGACCGAGGAGGCGGGGGUGGAGCUGGAUACCAAUGAUGAUGGCGAGGUGGCGUACCGGGAGUUCCUGCUCGCCUACCUGCGGCACCGGGGAGGGGACUUCCUAGGGCCCAGACUGCUGGCUCCGGAACCACUCACCGCCGACCCCGCGACCUCUCCCUCCACUCAGCAGCGACCUGGCAGUAGCAGGGGGCCCCCGGCAGCUGCGGCUGCUGCCGGGCUGCCGGAUGGGGGGGCAGUAGCAGCAGCAGGGGGGGUUGCGACUGGAGGGGGCUGGCAGCGAGCCAACCGGGCGGUGGCUCAGGGGCAGCUGUCCCAGGCGUUCUGGGACCAGGCGUACGCUCUCAGGAAACUCAGGAAUCGAGACGGGGAGGCGGCGGCAGCAGCACGACAGGGUGCAAGUGUGAAGGCUGAGAGGGCGGCAGCCGCAGCGGCAGGCCCGCCCACCGGUGGCGGCGUGAAGGCGGGCAAGGGGCCCGGGGGAGGCAGUGCGGCGGGUAUAGCAGCUGUACGACAGCUGGGUGCCAGGGCGUUAGGUGCCCUGGGAGGUGUGUUGGGUUUCGGAGCCACCGGCUCCGCCCUCCCCCUCGUGGCACUGGCCGGGCUGGACAACAUCGCACAGGAGGAGCUCAGCGAGGUGCAGAGGUGUGCGUGGAUCGUGUACGGCAACCUGCGUACGGCAGCCAGGUACCUUCAGGACGCGCAGGCCGACGGCUACGUGGCCGCCAGCGGCAAGGCGCUUUCCGGGGUGGUUCACACGGGGUCCGCCAAGGGGGGUGGGGGGGGAGGGGGCCUGCUGGACAGCUCGCCAGGCGGUGGUGGAAGAUCUCAUAUUCGCGACACCACCCUCCUGGAGCUGCUGGUCGACCUGUCCUCCAGCAACCGGUGUGCGGCCCACGGGGAGGUGCUGUGCGAGGGGGAUGAGAAGCUGGUGGGCCCUAUGGUGGGUCCCUCGCCCUUGCUGAGGGGCCGGAGCCUGGCGGAUGUUGUGACGCAGCUGGGGGCUGACUGUGCUGAGGAGGUGGCCACCGCGGUGGGGGCGCUGGCGCUGGACAUUGCCAGCGAGGGGGCUGCGCGGGCGGGUGUGGCCCCCCCCGUGGGGGGUCUGGAUGAGGUGUUUUGUGCGGGUGCACUGCGACUUGCUGCGGAGGAGGUGUGGGCGUUUGUGAUGGACAUGCAGGCCCUGGUGGACCAGGUCAUCUCCCCGCUGGUGGCGGCUGUUGAUCAGAGUGUCCCCAUCAUUCAGAGGGAGUCCAUUAAGACCAUUUUCGGGGACACCAACAUUGAGAUCAUCCUGGAGUACGAGAUUGAGCUGCUCAAGCUGCUCACACGCAGCUGGCGGGCGGGGGCCCGUACGGCAAUGGUGGUGCCCUCGGUGGCGGGAGCCGCCCACUACAUGAUCGGUACGGCACAGAGGCGGCUGGCGGCGUCCCGACUGAGGGCGUUUGGAGGGGAGUUUCCGCCGUCGGCAGAGCAGGAGUUGCUGGCGUGUGUGGAUCGAGAUGAGAAGGGCACUCUGACCGCUCUUCUCCGGAGGUUCAGUCGGCCAGUGAAGCUCAAAGAUGGGGGGCCCAGCAAGAAGGGGGGGAAGCCCUCUACCGCGGGGCCGGGGGCGGGCGGCGGCGGUGAUGACGCUGCAGCGGCCGCAGAGGGUGGUGACGUGCCAGUCGAGGACGUAGACAGCGAUGAGAGCUUCAGUGAGGGCGAGGGAAGCACUGCAGGGAAGGACGGCAAAGGAGGAGCGAAGCAGGCGGUGGAGGGCAGUAGUACAAUGGCGGCAUCGGUGACGGGCGGUGCCACUGGGGGUGGCGGUACGGCAGCGGUGGUGGUGGCAGCGGGAGGUCCUCAGCUGCAGCAGCUGCAGCUGCAGGAGGAGGAGGAGGGGGCUCAGGGGGACAAGGACGGCAAAGGCGGGAGGAGGGACAAGGGCGGCCGUUUCAAGCGGCUCACACACCCGGCUAUUCACCAUGUCAGGCCAUUGCUCAGUGUACGGCAGCUGGCGCGGUACGGUGCGGGUGCUGAGGUGGAGGUGUGUCUCCGCAAGCCCGCUGCCCACCUGGCCGCACUGGCCUUCCUGGCGAACAUUUGCAGGCUGUGGUCGCUGCUUCUCGGAGUGCGGGUGGCCAAGGUGCUGCCCCUGGGGGCGGAUCUACACCCGCUGUUCAAGGUCCCGGGCCCUGGCCUGGGUGGUGCCCCCCGCUCCAGCCCCGCCUCCAUUGCCGAGCACCGUGUGGCAUUCAGGGGUGUGGGGGCUGCCGUACUGGAGGCGGAGGGGGCUGCGGGGAAGCUGGGUAUUGCCCCCACCCUGGGUCAGAGACUGGACAUGUGGAUGGAGAGGAGACUGCUGGCGGGCAACAUGUCUUCCCGCGUGCUGCUGGUGGUGUGUACGGCACUGACGUGUCUGACGUGGCGGGUGGUUCCCAUGCUUUCGGAGCGGCGCCGUUACCUGGAGGACCUACGGGUGGCCAACAACCUGCUGCAUCACCGACAUGUGGUACGGCAGUUGGAGCGGGCCAUCAAUGUACGACCUGAUGAUGACGAUGCCCUGGAUGCCGAACUGUACGAUCUGCAUGUCGCCAUUCAGAAGGCUGUGGAUGCCGCGUCCAGGGAGGUGGACUUUGCCGGUGAGCCGGACAAGAUGUCCCCCAUGGACCUGGACUCGGGGUUCUGGGUGAAGCAGGGGCCCAAGCGGGUGCACAGCCCGGAUGCCCUGCGCGCGGCUCUGAAGCUGGCCGAGGAGAGGACCCUGCACUCCACAUUUGCAGGAGCUCGCCUGAUGUCCAACGCACGUCGUUGCGCCGCCCGUCUGGCUUCCGUACACGCGGGAGGGGCCAGCGGCAAGGGGGGUGCCAAAUCAGGCAAGGGGGGGAAGGGCGGCGGCCGUAAGGACGGCGGUAAGGCCCACAGCGGUGGCGGCGGCAGCGGCUACUACUCGGACGACAGCGAGGAUACGGAGCGGGUGUUGGACGCCCUGUCGGCGCCGGCGAAGGGGAAGCAGCAGCAGCCGCAGCCGCCGUCACAAGCCUCGAAGAAGAAGAAGAAGACGGCGGUGAAGGAUGGAGCGGCUGGCGGUGGCGGGGUGACGGCGGCGGUGCAGCUGGUGAAGCUGCUGGGGGCCAGCAAGCGGAGUGAGGAGGCUGGGAAUGGUAAUGGUGGUGGAAAUGGCGAGCGUAAGUCCGCCUGGGGUGGGGUGUUCGGCGGUGGCGGCAUGGCGGCUGCUGUGGGUGUUGCUCAGCGUGUGAAGCAGUUCGGCGGGGCUCUGCGGCGGGCGGUGAAGAGGCGGGAACACGCGCGGCGCCGGUGGGAUAAGACGUUGUUUCUGGUCAUGCAGUCGGGCGCUUUUGACGAGAAGAACCUGGCUCGGGAUCACGCCAGGGAGGUGACUCGUCUCCGCCGUACAGCCGCCCUGAUGGCUUGGAAGCAGCUGCGGGGUGCCGCUGAUGACAUGUUGAUGGUGUUCGGGGAGGUGGUGUUCAGAGAUGUGGGGGUGGUGUUCGCACUGGCCAUGGCGGGCUUCCUGAUGGCCUUCCCCUUCGUGAUGCUCGGGGUGGCGGUACAGAUAUCCCCGGGUGACCGACACGACCGGCUGCUGAUGGGCAGUCUGGUCGGGUGCUACGUGUUGGUGGGGUUCACGGGUAUGGCCGCUGCGGUGGCCCAGCUGCGGCGGGACCCCAGCCAGCUCAAGGUGUACCGCCCCUCGGAUGUCAUCAGGUUCCCCAACUUCAGGAGGGGGACUGCGCUGUCCAGCUGGAAGGCCCAUUGGGUGAAUGUGUUCGCGCUGUUCACUCUGGUACUGGAGUUCUGGCAGCUGUGCGCCUUCAGCUACCAGCGCAGUAUCCCCUACCCCAAGAAGUCCCUCCUGAAGGCGAUAUUCCCCUGGGCGCUACUGGACCUGGGGCCCGCAGCGUACUUCCUGCAGGUGUUUGCGCUGUUGGCCUUCAUGGUGGUUUGGAUAGCUGUGUUUUUCCCCCAGACCCCCGCGGGGCUAAAGCGGGUGAUUAUGCCCUUCCUGGGGCAGGCGGCGUACCUGACCAUCACCUCGGGGCUGCUCAGCCAAGUGAACUGCCGGCUGUCGGACGGAGCUCUGAUUCGUAACCCCGACAUCACCUGCUGGACAGAUCCACGACAUGUGUACGGCGCAGUGGCAGCGAUGUUGGCCCUGGGGCUCUACGUGCCCCGAGCAACACUCACACCCUUCGAGGUGUUCUUCCCCAGCGAGAAUCUGGACAUCAAGUACCGGGGGUUGUACGUCCGUGUCGUACAGCUGCUGCGGCUGGCAAUGGCCGGCUACAACCUGUUCUUUGCGGACACGUACCCGCUGUCGGUCAUGGUGGCCAACGCGGGAGUGUGCGCUCUCCUUGCCGUACUGACGAUCAUCAUGCGGCCCUGCUGCAUCGGGGCGGUCAACAUAGGGCGGGGAACGGGGUUCGUACUGGCGACCUGGUCGCAGCUGGUAUCCGUGACCACCCUCCGUCUAACCCCGGAGCGGGACAGGCACAUGGACUACAAAACCGGGCAGUUGUACACCCGGGACUGGAGAUAUGUGUACGUGCUGGUAGCGGGAUGGGCUGUCAUUGCGGCAGCAGCGGCAUCAGCCAUACCAGCACCACCACUAUCACCACCACCACCAGCACCACCACCACCAGCCGUAAUGAGGACAACCCGGAGACGGGAAGUGGCGGUGCAGGUAGCGGCGGCAGUGGAGGUGGAGGUGGAGGUGGAGGUGGCCGCGGUGGGGGCAGUGGCGGCUGGAGAUGGCACGAAAGGCACUGAUGCCAAUGAUCGCCGCGACACCGACAACGAGGAUGGUGAUGAGGAUAGGGAUGGAGGUCGGUCUGCUGGUGGUGGUGGUGGUGGUGGUGGUGGUGAUAGUGGUGGUGCUGGUAUGGCUGAUGCCGCUGCUGCUGGUGGUGGUGAUGGGAAGCAGCUGGAGGAUAGCGGAACGAGGCCCUCGUCAUCAUCAUCAUCGGUUAACCGUGUCGGUAAGAAGGGUGGGGCAGUCACACCGGCCAAGGUGGCUCUGGCCGCUGCUCUGGGGCUGCCGGUGGUGGACCGCUCCGUGCUCCGGAAGCUGGCUGAGGAGGGGCUGCUCUCGCCUGCAGAUGAGAUGAGGGCCUUUAUGGCCCGGCUUGUACGGCAAGCAGAACAGCUCUUGAAGGAUGAGGAGUACGACAGUGAUGAUGUCCGAGCUCCCAAGCAUAUCUCGGAUGAAGACAGCGAUUGA